AUGACAACGGAAAAGCUGAAUCUCGAGCAGGACGUCAAGCGGGCAGUGGAGCUGAUUGAGAAGCUGCAGAAGACCGAUGACACCUCCCUCGAGAAGCUGACCACCCUCAAGAAGAUCUUCGAGUCGGACUUCUUCAACGCCGUCCGCGAGGUCUAUGAGCGCGUCUACGAGACGGUGGACGUCACCGGCAGCCCGGACAUCAGGGCGACGGCCACCGCCAAGGCGACCAUCGCCGUCUUCGCCGCCUCCGAGGGCCACGCCCAUCCGCGCAUCGUCGAGCUGCCCAAGACCGAGGAGGGCCUCGGCUUCAAUGUGAUGGGCGGUCGGGAGCAGAACACGCCCAUCUACAUCAGCCGCAUCAUUCCCGAUGGAGUGGCCGACCGGCACGGUGGUCUGAAGCGCGGCGACCAACUGAUCUCCGUCAACGGCGUCAACGUCGAGGGGGAGGACCACGAGAAG